AUGACAAUUCUGAACAAAGUUAGUAGUAGUAAAAAUAAAUCAAAUAAUGGUAAAUCAGGUGAUAAUGAAGAUUUUAAUAUAUUUGAGAAUUAUGUAUCAUCUAAUUAUAAGCUUUUUCAAGAUCCACCAAAUUUAGAAUUAAUAAUUGAUAGCCAAUUUUUAUAG